CAAACAACUUAAAAACUCUGUUCAUCGAAAAUUCUGCAUGCAGCUCAGAACGAACGCGAGUAAACAAAAACGGGAACCAAUUUGAUACAAUUAGAACGGGAAAAACAGGAAUUGGCUCCUCAUUAAUUGCAAGCUAGACGUCAACAUGCCCGAGAAUGGUGCUGCUGAAAUGGUGGAGGACCACAUCCGGACUUACGUCCUCUCUAAGAUGGUCCGAGUCGCAGAGUUCUUCAAAGAUUUUGACAGUUUAAGAUCUGGCUUUGUAACACGUGCUCAGUUCCGAAGAUGUCUCGACCAAGGAUUCAAUCUAAACUUAUCAGAAGAUAUUCAGGAAGCACUCAUUGCUAAAUAUGCAUCUAGGAAGGAUGGCACCGAUCUUGUCAAUUACCAGAGGUUUGCAGAUGUCAUUGAAAGAACAUUUCAACCAGAUAAACUACAGGAAAGACCAGAGACACAAAUUAUCAAGGCACCAGAAAUUCUUGGGACGUCUCGGACCAUCCGACCACUAAGCCCUGCUUCACAGAACCGCAUUACGGCCAUGAUUCAACAAAUUGCCCCUUAUUACAAAUACCAUGAGAUUACCAUUCGGAGCUGUUAUGAGGAUUUUGACAAGCAUAACAAAGGCAUCAUAACAGAACCUCAGUUCUUCCGUAGUUUUCCAUAUCCACCUGGAAUCAGCGAAGAUGACGUGAAGCUCUUGGCCAAACGAUAUCGCGAUCCAACCAAAGAAGGCAUCUGCAACUAUCUCAAUUUUCACAAUGAUGUGGAAAAGGCUAAAGAGGGAAUGGAAGAGAAGCUAUUCGAAGGCAAACCCCCUGCAAAUUACAACAUUCCUAAAGAGAUUGAAGCUGACAACGAACUCAGUCAAAUCUUCGCCAAGAUCCAAGUAGCCAUCCACAAGUACGGCAUCCGUACGCCGGAGUUCUUCCGCGAUCACGACAAGCUCCGAAGCUACAUCAUCACCGAGAACCAGUUCAAGUGCGGUCUGCUGCUGUGCGUGGGCAACAAGGUCACCUUGACGAGGGACGAGGUGCAGAAGCUUGUGGAUUACUACAAGAGACCCGACGGCAGGGUGCACUACAAGGAAUUCUGUGAUCUCAUGGAAAAUGCUUUCAACGACCCUAAUCUUGAGAAGAAGCCAACCACCGAGGUUUAUCGCCCGCGACGAGGAGAGCUCUCGAGAACCCUAAACACGUUGAACUCGCCAAAGGAAGAAGAAAGGUUGAACUUCAUCUUGGACAGGCUCUCCGCCGAUGUGAAGAAAAGGAGGCUGAUGAUGAUACAGUACUUCCAAGAUUAUGACAGGAGCAAAGCCUACACCCGCAACAUGACAAAAAUUCAGUUUGGAAGGAUGCUUCACUUCUUGUCUCUAAACGUCGGCAAGGAAGAUUUUGAGAUUCUCUGUCGGAAGUUUGAAGAUCCCACCAGCAAGGAUACAAUCAACUACCCAGCCUUUGUGCAGGCUGUCGAUAAAGAAUACAUUGGCUUUACGACUGAUAAGAGCGGUGAUAAACCUAAGAGAAGGCCCAAGACUCCAACAGCUGACAAACCAAUUGAUUCAAGCAACGUUGAUGUCGCAGAGCUCGUGGCUCGUAUCAGACAUCAUAUUCUCGCAAACAGAAUACGAGUUUGUGAAUACUUCCAGGACUUUGACCCCCUAAGGGAGAGGUCCAUUCCACGUAGCAAGUUCCGCAUGGGUCUCAGUGCCAUGGGACUGAGUGCUCUAGGUCAGUUCAACAUGACUGAGCCCCAGUUCAAAGCUCUCAGUGAGACCUAUGCAGACCCCACUAACCCAGAUGCUGUUCUUUGGCAGAACUUUGAGAAGGAUAUUGAAACAGUUUUCACUCAAGUGGUUCCGAAUCUGGAGAAAACCCCGACCAGCACCGUGAUCCCCACCGAACAGUUCUUGAUGGACAAACCAGGCACAACCGACUGGAGCUCGGCACCGGGCGAGGUGCACGUCACCUUCGAGGAGGCCAUGAACCGCAUGAGGGAGCGCGUGGAGCAAAGGCGCGUCCUGCUCAAGCCUUGCUUCGAGGAUUUCGACAAUCACAACAUGGGGAUUGUCACCAAGAACCAGUUCCGUCAGUGCCUGUUCUACCUCGGCCUGAAUGCUUCCGAAGACGAGAUGCUCGUACUGGAGGCCAAGUAUACCAACAACAUGGGGUUCAACUACACGAGGUUCCUGGAGGAACUCCAGCCGAAACCUCAACAGGAACUGAAGUAUGUCCAACGUCUGCAGGAGCUUGAGUUGGUGAACAACAGGACGGUAUCCCUUGAGAAGAACCCUCUCAAGGAUGCAGAGAGUAUCAUGGAGAAGGUUAAGACUAAGGUAAUGAAGGAAAGAAUGAGAGUGCAUGAGUUCAUGCGCAACUAUGACAAGCUUCGUACGGGUCGUAUGCUAACUGAGAAUUUCAGACGCUCCUUGGACAAUGCCGGUCUUGGUCUGCAACCCUCAGAAGUAGACAUCCUUAUCAGAACGUUCCAGUCACCAAGCGAUCCCAAGUUCGUGGAAUGGCUUCUAUUCAGUGAUCACGUAGAGAGUAUCUUCACGUUGAAGAACCUGGAGAAGGAUCCUCUCAUCACGCCGGAGCAGUUCAAACCAGCCGUUCAGGUGGAGAAGAACGUACUCACUCCAGGAGAAGAGAAGAUUCUUGCAAACACUGUCGAAAGACUCGCACAAAAGGUCCACAAGGGACGCAUUCAGCUUUAUCCACUGUUUGAGGACUAUGACAGAGUCCACAACGGCACCGUCUCCCAGUCACAGUUCCGUCGCGUCCUUAGCGAACUCGAGCUCGGAUCCCUGGUCAACGAAGUUGAACUCGACGUCCUUUGGAAAAAAUUUGAGAUCGUGAUUGGUUUGAAGACUGAUGUGGACUAUUGCUCCUUCUGUGAUUUAAUCUACAAGAAAGCAAAUAUUGAACUCUUCAGACCAUGAAUGGUUUCUUGCUAAAUAGAUCUUAAUAACAUUUGAAUAUUCAUAGGGAGAAAGGGUUAUGUUUUUUUAGAUGCCCUGUACUUGUUCGAAACCAUGGAGAUAUUACUGUGUUUGCAAUUUCAGUUAAUCGUUAAAGCUAAGAAAAUUCUCUGUCUGGAUUAUUUCAUGAUUCAGACAAUCUGCAAGACUUAUAAUCAAAAUGAGAAAUACAGGAAAAAAAAAUUUCUUAAAGAAGUCUUGGUAAUACUUCUUUCUGUCAUUGAGAAAAAAAAAAUCCUUGUAUUCUAAUUACAUUCUCAAACAUUUUUUUUAAUGUUCAUUUCUGUAAUUAUUUUUACAGUGUCAAUUCUGAGUGUACAUACAUGUACUCCUGAACUUUGAAACUCAUUCCUGUGUUGUGUUGGUGACCUGUACAAAAAAUCUAUAAAGAAGUGUGAAAUAUCUGUGUACAUACACAACUGAACUAUACAUGCAGAAGUGCAUGAAAAUAUGAUAUGACAUUUUACUGUAAAAUGACACCUUCGGAUAGGUGGAUAAUUUAAUUACUGUAUAUACAUGAAUAUACAUGACAUGUCAGCAGCUUAUAGUCUGUACUAUGCAGAAUAUAUUAUAUUGGAAAUUCAUAUUUGUGCGUAAUUCUACCGUCAUAGAGAAAAAUAUUGACUAGUAAAUAAUGAUAAAAAAGUUUUUAUAUUUAUGUCUCAUAUUUAUUGUGUAAUAUAUAAAUAUUCACUGUAUUUCGAUUGUUUCAGCUGCAUUUUCCACCGCAAGACAUUACCUAGUGCCUAUGUCAGCUCACCUAUUAAGGAAACUUUAAAGUGUUUUCUACUUUAUUUAUUGUAAAGAUAUUUUAUCGUGUCAAAUCUACUUAAUAUUUUAUCAAGUCGUCCUUAUAACCCUGUGAGUCAACAUGGCCACUUGGGAUAGCUUGUCAAGGUGAUUUCUCAAAAAUAACAUGUCAUCGCCAAAAUAUAUUUUUUUUAGAAAUGAACUUGACAAGAUACCUCUAGUCACCUUGUCGACUUGAUAAUUUGAUUAGUUACCAUGAUGGUUUAAAUGACUUGAAAAGAUAAAAUAUCUUGCCAUCUCAUGUGGUAGCAAGUCAUUUUAAAGAUUCCAUUCUGAUUUGUGGUAGAAGCUUAGCUAUGCAAAUAUUCAAUGGAAUCACCAAUAUCUAUAUGCAAUUUUAUUGUCAGUGUAUAGAAAGAUGUUUAAUAUAAUAUGUGGAUGCCUUUUUGUUGAUAACAUACCAUAUGCAUCUAUAUAUAUUUCCAUACCAACCGAAAAUUCAGUAUUUUUCUCGCAAGUCUAUCUAUUCAAAUAUUGAAACUAUCCGUCCUACCUACAGUUGUAUUAUGGAGAUAUUUUUCCUACUCGGUGGGUGAUUUCAAGUUCAGUGUUGACCUUGGUGUUAGGUAAUUUUUUAAACACGAUUAUAACACCAAACAAAGAAGAUGGUCCUGAAAAGUCACUCACUAGUUGUUGAGAUGUCAAUAAUGUGAUCUGGAUCAGUUUUACAUACUCUGAAUAAGUUUUGGAGCUAGGGUAGGCAAUCCAAAUUUCAACACCAACACCGGACUUGAAAUCACCCAGUAUGUUAAGUGCACUUCAAGCUGUAUAUUGGUGUAUGUUAGAAGACUUCAUGUUUUUCUUCCACUCAUAUUCUGAAUAUUGAUGAAAUGUAAAAUUUGAUUGAAAUAAAAAUUUCAGUGUU